AUACCCAGCGAGGUCAUAGCUAGUAGCAACACAAACAUCCUGUCACACCGUGUGUUCGAAAAAGAGGAAGCCUUUGUUUGUUUUGUCUGCAAGACCGGCUCGUUUGGAUCGCCUACUAUCGACUGCAAGGCUUUCUGCGAUUACAUCCACCUCUGACCCUCACAACCCUCCCCAAAGCACAAUCUCCUAUUGCCCAUCAUGUCGUUACCUGCUGCUGAGGUGGCUGCCGACUUUCGCGAUGCUCUACAGGAUUUGAGAUUGAACAGCAGACCAGAGAUUAGCAAUCUAACCCUCAUCGCGAAGGAGAACACAGAAUAUGCUCAAGCAAUCUCAACUGAGCUUGAAAACCACAUCCGAACCACUCGUCCGGAGUGGAAGCUUCCGUCUCUUUACGUCCUCGAUUCCAUCGUCAAGAAUGUCGGCACGCCAUACACCGUCUACCUUGGUCGCAACCUCUAUAGCACAUUCAUGGAAGCCUAUCUCGUUGUAGAUCAGGCCACUCGCAAAGCAAUGGAAGGCUUACUGAGAACAUGGAAGCAGCCAGUGCCUGAGUCAAUGGAUACUCGUCCUGUCUUUCCCGCUAAUGUUACCGGAGACAUCGAGAAUGCUGUCAACAAAAUUCGCUCAGUUGCAGCUCAGACACACGUGCCACGACCAACGCAUGCUCUCCCUGCAAGACCGCCAUCAAACGUCGCAUGGAGAGAUACUUCGACACCGCCGCAGAACGUACCUCGAUACCAUGCUCCGAACGAUCCUCGUCGACCAGCAGGUCUCCCACCUACGCCUCAAUACGGCGCACCUGGGGCGACACCGCCAAUGCCGUUCCAACAGCAGUUCAACAGCCCUCAACCCAUAUCGUCGGUUGAUCUAGCUGAUCUGAAGGCUGAGGUUGCCCAGCUCGUCGCUACCACGCAGACAUCGUUUGCUCACAAUCCUGCUGAUAGGAACAUUCAGACAAAGCUACAAGCUCUUUUGUCACUCAAACAAAUCCUCGACACCCAGACGCUGCCCCCACAACAACUCGAAGCGGUGCGACACCAAGUACGAUCCUUGGCUCCAACACCGACACCCAUGCCAGUAUUUGCUCCCCCAACACCCGUACCGGCAUACACUUCACAUGGUAUGCUACCGGGCUUUGCGCCUGUCGGUGCUCCACCAGCAAGCGCACCACCGAACAUUGCACAAUUGCUUGCUGGUUUCCGGCCGCCGGCGCAAUCGACGCCGCAGCCCAUAUCGACCCCGCAACCUCCAACGUUCAACCUUGCCGAUCUUCUGAAACGUGUCUCGUCUCCAGCACAAUCUUCAUCGGUGCCUGCGCCUGUGCCAUUCCAGCCUCCAGCCUUUGCUGGUUUUCCUCCGCCUAUUCCGACACCAGUCCCUACCUCUGUGGCACCAGCUGCCCCUCCGGCGGCAGUGAACCCUACAGCGAAUCUUGCAGCCCUCCUUGCACAGUUCAAUCAGCCAGGAGCCGGACCGCCGUCAGUGCAGCCUAUGCCUGUUGCUCAACAAUCUGUACAGCCAGCAGCUGGAAGUGCAGAAUGGCUCCUUGCCGCUCUUGGCGGGGGUAUACCUGCAAAUGGUACUCCAUUCGCUGCUCAGCCCAUGGCAAGACAGAUCUCAGCGCCCACCAAUGUCUUCAGUGAUAUCGAGCUUACCACAGCAUCCAUGAAAAAACCUCGGUUCUACCUCAUCUCUCGUCUGUACGAGGCAAAGCCAAACAUCUGCGCAACCUGUGGCCGCCGCUUCGAGAGCACGAAUGAAGGCAAGGAAAAGAAGGCCCGCCACAUGGACUGGCACUUCAAAGUAAAGGACCCUGAUGCCGCCAAACGCGGCGUGCAUCGUAGCUGGUACAUGUCUGAGAAAGAUUGGAUUGACUACCGUGAAGUAGACGAGACUACGCCGGCCAGUGAUGCUGCAACCACAAACAGUAUUGCGAAGCCUAAGAAGCAGGCGAAGGACCGUUACGUGCUCGUUCCGCAGGACACAACACUUCAACACGCGCCCUGCCCCAUCUGUCAGGAAAAGUUCGAGACCCAGUGGAACGUUGAUGCGAAUGACUUUGUGUGGAUGGACGCGCUGCAGGUCGGUGGCAAGAUCUACCAUGCAACUUGUUUCGAAGAAUACAGUAAGGGUGCCGGCAUACCAAUGCCGAGCACGCCUGACUCGGUACUGGGAAAAAGAAAGGCAGAUGCCGGGAUGGGCGUCGAAGGGAGGAAGGUCAGGGCGUUUUAAGCACAUUUAGGAAACCUUGGAAUGGCUUCAAGGAAGUGGUUGCAUAGCGAGGCGUUGGGUUCUGUUUGUCUUUCAUCCGCAUACGUUCAGCGGAGCAUUAUCUCAAACGGCGUGUCGCCAAUAUAAAUAGCCUACAAACAUAUCUGACCUCAUCA